AUGGCUAAUAUGGACGGAAGAGACCUUUCAUUGGAUUUGAUAGAGGAGAUUUUCUCUAGGGUUCCGGCUAAAUCUAUAGCACGAUUUCGAUCAACAUCUAAACAAUGGAACGCUCUGUUGAAAUCUGUGAGCUUUGCUAAGAAGCACUCUGCUAAUGCACCAAAGGAGGAGUCUCUGUUCAUCAUGUUGAUGGAUUCUAGGGUUUUCAUACUAAAGGUCAAUCUCCAUGGAAUCUACGACGGUUGUGAUCCAUCUGCUAAGGUAGGGCAUCAAUUCAACCUUAAAGAUCCGCGCUCUUCAGAAGUUGAUUCGCAAGUAGAUAUACGUAACGUCUUUCACUGCGACGGCUUAUUUCUGUGCACCACGAUGGACAAUAGACUUGUGGUUUGGAAUCCAUGCUUAGGGGAAACCAACUGGAUCAAACCUAGAGAAAGCUACAAGAAAACCGACUGCUAUGCUCUCGGUUACGACAACGACAGAUCGUACAAGAUCUUGAGGGUGGAUCGUCAAUACAGUGUUUUGACGACCAAGAAUGAGUACGAGGUUUAUGACUUGACCUCUAAUUCGUGGAGAGUGCUCGGUGUGGCUACUGAUUGGGUUUUACCAAAACAUUUUCGCGGCAUAUGUGUUAACGGAAAUGCUUUUUGGGUUGCAGCAAGAAGGUCAUUUGGUUACUUCUUACAAAGUUUCGAUUUUUCAACAGAGAUGUUUCAAAGUCAAUCUUUUCCUCAUCCGUUUCCUUUUGGGAAUCCGUCUUUAUCAGUGGUUGGAGAAGAGCAGCUUUGUUUGUUGGGUACUAAUUCAUCUCCAUAUGGACGCAGUGAUAAUUUCAAAGUAUGGGUGGCAACAAGUGUUGGAACAGGCUUGUCAUGGAGAAAUUCCAUAGCAGCAUCAAAUAGAAAGUCUAAGUAUAAGUCCUAUUAUGUAUAUAAUUUUUUUCAAGGGAUGAGUUUCUUGGCAGACGAGCUGAACAAUGUUAUAGUGUAUUUGAGCCUCGACAACAUCUUACGCAUUGUGGGAAACAAUUAUCACACACAAGUGGAGAAUCUUGGUGGAGGUUCCAUACAAUCUUGCUCAGUUCUCAUGAAUUAUGUUCCAAGUUUGGCUCAAAUAUCCAACAAGGUUAAUUCUCUUCCUGGAGGAAGCGAAAGGGAAGCACCAAGCACAAGCACAUGA